CCAGUCUGAGCGGCGAUGGCGGCGGCGGCGGCGGCGGCAGCAGCAGCGGGGGCUGCGGGCGGUCGGGGCUCCGGGCCGGGGCGGCGGCGCCAUCUUGUGCCCGGGGCCGGUGGGGAGGCCGGGGAGGGGGCCCCGGGGGGCGCAGGGGACUACGGGAACGGCUUGGAGUCUGAGGAGCUGGAGCCUGAGGAGCUGCUGCUGGAGCCCGAGCCGGAGCCCGAGCCCGAAGAGGAGCCGCCCCGGCCCCGUGCCCCCCCGGGAGCUCCGGGCCCUGGGCCUGGCUCGGGAGCUCCCGGCAGCCAGGAGGAGGAGGAGGAGCCGGGACUGGUCGAGGGUGACCCGGGGGACGGCGCCAUUGAGGACCCGGUGAGGGAAGGAGGGCGAGCGAGCAGGCCGGCGACCGGCCGGCCGUGUCACGGGAGGCCCAGAGCUCAGGAGCUGGAAGCGAUCAAAGCUCGAGUCAGGGAGAUGGAGGAAGAAGCUGAGAAGCUAAAGGAGCUACAGAACGAGGUAGAGAAGCAGAUGAAUAUGAGUCCACCUCCAGGCAAUGCUGGCCCAGUGAUCAUGUCUAUUGAGGAGAAGAUGGAGGCUGAUGCCCGUUCCAUCUAUGUUGGCAAUGUGGACUAUGGUGCAACAGCAGAAGAGCUGGAAGCACACUUUCAUGGCUGUGGUUCAGUCAACCGUGUUACUAUACUAUGUGACAAAUUUAGUGGCCAUCCCAAAGGGUUUGCAUAUAUAGAGUUCUCAGAUAAAGAGUCAGUGAGGACUUCCUUGGCCCUAGAUGAGUCCCUAUUUAGAGGAAGACAAAUCAAGGUGAUCCCAAAACGAACCAACAGACCAGGCAUCAGCACAACAGACCGGGGUUUCCCGCGAGCCCGAUACCGUGCCCGGACCACCAACUACAACAGUUCCCGCUCUCGAUUCUACAGUGGUUUUAACAGCAGGCCCCGGGGUCGUGUCUACAGGGGCCGGGCUAGAGCGACAUCAUGGUAUUCCCCUUACUAAAAAAAGUGUGUAUUAGGAGGAGAGAGAGGAAAAAAAGAGGAAAGAAGGAAAAAAAAAAAGAAUUAAAAAAAAAAAAAAAAGAAAAACAGAAGAUGACCUUGAUGGAAAAAAAUAUUUAAAAAAAAAAAAAAAAGAUAUACUGUGGAAGGGGGGAGAAUCCCAUAACUAACUGCUGAGGAGGGACCUGCUUUGGGGAGUAAGGGAAGGCCCAGGGAGUGGGGCAGGGGGCUGCUCAUUCACUCUGGGGAUUCGCCAUGGACACGUCUCAACUGCGCAAGCUGCUCCCCCUGUUUCCCUGUCCCCCUUUGCCCCCUUGCGGGCUGCUCAAGGGUAGGUGGGCAUGGGUGGUAGGAGGGGUUUUUUUUACCCAGGGCUCUGGAAGGACACCAAACUGUUCUGCUUGUUACCUUCCCUCCAUCUUCUCCCUAGCUUUCACAGUCCCCUCCUGCCUGUUCCUGUCCUGCCAGGUCUACCACCCACCCCACCCCUCUUUUCUGGCUCCCUGCCCCUCCAGAUUGCCUGGUGAUCUGUUUUGUUUCCUUUUGUGUUUCUUUUUCUGUUUUGAGUGUCUUUCUUUGCAGGUUUCUGUAGCCGGAAGAUCUCCGAUCCGCUCCCAGCGGCUCCAGUGUAAAUUCCCCUUUCCCCUGGGGAAAUGCACUACCUUGUUUUGGGGGGUUUUGGGGUGUUUUUUGUUUUUCAGUUUUUUGUUUUGUUUUGUUUUCCUUUGCCUUUUUUUCCCUUUUGUUUGGAGGGAAUGGGAGGAAGUGGGGACAGGGAGGUGGGAGGUGGAUUUUGUUUAUUUUUUUAGCUCAUUUCCAGGGGGUGGGAGUUUUUUUUUUAAUAUGUGUCAUGAAUAAAGUUGUUUUUGAAAAUAAAAAAUGUUUGGCCUUU